GGGCAGCAGAGAGCGGCAGUGACAGGAAAUCCCGCGGCUGCUCUUGGCUUCCUGUUUACGCGGGCCACUCGGUUCCUGGCCGCAGGGACGGAGUUUCACACCCGCCUGAUAAUGGGAUUGUCCAACGGCGCUCCGAGUCGCUGCCGCCGGGCCUAGCUCGGUCCUUCCCCGCUCCGGGACUCCCGACCCCGUCUUCGGCCAAGACCUCUGGAGAGGCCGGAGUGGCCUCGGCCCCUAGGCUCGGGCAGCGCUGGAAAGCGGAGCGGCCCCGGCAGCCAGUCUUUCCAUCACAUUUGGAAACUUUUAUUGCUGUUUAUCAACACGAGGACCAAAGUUGUGCCAAUGAAAGUCAAAGAUGCCAUUAUGAGACUGAGAAACAAGAAUAAAACUCUUAGAGCUAUCAGCCAAACCAUAGGCUUACCAAAAUCAACUGUUUGGAACAUCAUUAAGAAGAAAGAACACUGGUGAGCUUACUAAUUGCAAAGGGACUGACAGGCCAAGGAAGACCUCCACAGCUGAUGACGGAAGAAUUCUCUCUAUAAUAAAGGAAAAUCCCCAAACAUCAGUCCGACUGAUCAGAAACACUCUUCAGGAGUCAGAUGUGGAUUUGUCAAUGACCACUGUCCGCAGAAGACUUCAUGAACAGAAAUAUAGAGGCUACACUGCAAGAUGCAAACCACUGGUUAGCUGUGAAAAUAAGAUGGCCCGGUUACAGUUUGCCAAGAAGUACUUAAAAGAGCAACCAGAGUUCUGAAAAAAGGUCUUGUGGACAGAUGAGACUGAGAUUAACAUAUCAGAGUGAUGGCAAGAGCAAAGUCUGGAGGAGAAAUGAACUGCCCAAGAUCCAAAGCAUACCUACCUCAUCUGUGAAACACGGUGGUGGGGUGUUAUGGCCUGGGCAUGUAUGGCGGCUGAAGACUAAGACACCUUGCCCUGUGUGGAAUCAACUCAAGUCUGGGAUCAAGCCCUCUGUUUUAUGUUCGGAAACAAUUUUCCAAUGUGAGCCCAUUCAACAUGACUGAAUGUUGGGAGGAGCACCCAGCCGCCCCGCCUCUCGUGGAGAACUGCAUUCCCCAGAGUAAUGAGCGUGCCCUCGAGUUUGCCAUUGUGUUCCCGGCCGACACAGGCCUUCAGCAACAUCAGCCCUUGUCAGCUGAGUGCUCCCAAAAAUGCAAUAUGUGUGGCCAGACCAUCACACAACUAUCUGAGCUUCAGCAGCAUCCGUGCUUUCUAAACAUGAAUCGCUUCUUCCAGUGCGCCCAGUGCCAGAAGACCUUCAGCCAAUCCACCGACCUCUUGCAACACCAGUGUGGGCAAGUGGAGGAGAAGCCCUUCAUCUGCCACGUCUGCAAGAUGAGCUUCUCCCAGCUGCUGGCACUGGUCCAGCACCAGAACGUCCACAAUGAGAACAACCCCUUCAAGUGCACCAUCUGCGGCGAGAACUUCCAGCAGUCGUCAGAGCUGUUCGUGCACCAGAGGGUCCACAUUGAAGACCAACCCUUUGAAUGCACGGUCUGCAAGAAGAAAUUUAAGGACUCAUCCGAGCUGGUUGCCCACCAACAGUUCCACGCGCCCGAGAAGCCCUUCAAGUGUACCGUUUGCCAGAAAGGGUUCAAGAAGUCCUCACAGCUAGUGCGCCACCAGUACAUCCACGGUGAGAAACCCUUCAAGUGCUCGUCCUGUGAAAAGUCCUUCCGCCACGCCUCUGAACUGCAGAGGCACCAGAGGGUGCACACUGGAGAGCGGCCCUUCAAGUGCACGGAGUGCGACAAAACCUUCAGCCAGUCUUCGCACCUGGCCCACCACCAGCGCAUCCACUCGGGCGAGCGUCCCUAUGACUGUAGCGUCUGCCACAAAAGCUUCAAGCACCGCUCACACCUGGUGCGUCACAUGUGCGUGCAUGCCGGUGAGGACAUGUUCAAGUGCGUCAUCUGCCACGUGGGAUUCAAGCAGCCGGGGGAGCUGUUGCAGCACCAAUGCACGACGGAUGGUGAACGUCCCUACAAGUGCAGCCAGUGUCCCAAGACCUUCAAACGCGCGUCCUACCUCCAACACCAUCAGCGCGUUCACUCCGGUGAGAGGCCUUUCAAGUGCACCACCUGUCAGAUGAGCUUCAAGCAGCUGUACGCGCUGGUACGGCAUCAGCGGACCCAUACGGGAGACAAACCCUACAAAUGCACUGUGUGCGACAAGGGCUUCAGCGAAUCCUCUCACCUCCUCUACCAUCAACACAUUCACACUGGAGAGAGCCUCUUCCAGUGCACGGGAUGCCAGAAGGGCUACAAAGACUCCUCGGAGCUCUUGCGACAUCGCUGUGCCCGCGUGGAGGGCAAGCCGUUCAAGUGUACUGUGUGCCAAAAGGCCUACAAGCGCGUCUCUGCUCUGCAGCUCCAUGAAGCAACCCAUGUGGAAGAGCGGCCCUUCAAGUGCAACGCCUGUGAGCGGCGCUUUGCGUGCUCCUCCGAACUGGUGGAGCACCCGUGCCGUCCGGCAAAGGAGAAGCCCCUGAAAUGCAGCAACUGUGAGAAGCGGUUUAAGUACUCGUCAGAUGUGGAGCGGCAUCGGCGUGUGCACACAGGGGACAAACCUUUCAAAUGCAUCACUUGUGACAAGGGCUUUAAGCAGAAGGAGCACCUGAUAAAGCACCAGAAUGUCCACGCCAGAGAGAAUCAGUGUAAGUGCACAUGGUGCGGGGAGAGGUUUACAGAGCUGAGCUAUCUACAGGAGCACUGCCUUCAACACACAGCGGAAAACUCCUUUGAAGGGUCUGCUUGUGGACAGUGAUAUUUUUGUUUGCUCUGGAAGUCUGAUCUUAGCUAAGCUUGUACAGAACUGUGGUACAGAUAGAUUUGGAUGAGUUAACAGAUGGUGCUGGUCCUCAUGGCAGAGUCAAGUUUCAUGGGCUUUUUGUGAUGUAUCCAUUAGAGCAUCUUGGUCCUCCAUCCCUCUAUAAAGUCUCAUAACUUUGCUGAUACCAAUAGAUCUUUGUUAUCUGACUUAGGAUUUAUCCACCAAUAAAGUUUACCAACCUCCAGACUCUCAAAACUAAAACAGGGCAAAUCAGCAAGUGGAGAUGCAAGAGCAAAUAGUAUGUGCUGACCAGUCAGGUGCGAGACAUGUGGGACAUAUGUGACCAGAGUUCACUUACCUCUAUCUUAACAUCGUUCUUGAUCACACCAAACUCUUUCCAUUGAUCUGCAUACCUUACAGUUUAGCGAUCUGGAUUUUCUCUUCUGCCUGUCCUCUGCUGAAAUGGAUAGGCUGGUUGUUAAAACUAGUGCUGCGAUGCACUGUUAUUUGUGUGUGUGUGUGUGAUUACACUGGAGAGCACCUUCCAUUUCUCCCCGCCCCACCCCAUCCUCGGUCCAACAUUGCUUUGCAGAUUAUGUUGCAGCUUAGCCUUCUGUGACUUUCACAUAUACACAAUGUCCCCUCAUUAGUAUUUUAUGCACACAGUGACCAAAUAAAACGACAGGUGAUGGAAUCUGAAAUAAAAGAAGAAAUGCUGGAAGAGCUCAGCCUGUCAAACAGCAUCUGUGGAAAGCGAAGCCAGGUUGCAUUUUAGAUCCAAAAUGUAGACAAGCUUCUCUUUCCAUUGAAGCUGCUUGACUGGCUGAGUUCUUCCAGCAUUUGUGUUUUUCUUAGGGAAUUGGGAGAUUUGUUUUCACUAAUAUGAAUCCAAAAAUGAGUGUGAACAUCUUUGUUGUAAUAAAGCUGUAAUGUAGAAAAAAACAUUUUUGUGUUUUAAGAUUGCAGCGUUUUAAGAUUCGGGAAUAUAUUUUAGCACCAUUGUUUUCCUACAAUGACAGUAGUGCCGUCCUCUUAUGCUGCAAAGCCUUUCUGUGCAACUGUUUGAUCACAAUCAAAGGUUUAAAACAUUUUGAUUUACCUUGCUCUAUUGCCCUCUGUUUAAACCUUUCUUGUAACAAGGAUCACAGGCCACAACUAAAUUCGUCUUCACUCUGGCAAUCCCCUUGUCCACAGUUCUGUGUUUACUGCUGAAUUUAACGAUCCACUUUUCCUGGUGGAAAGUUCCUUUAUCACAACUCUUCUUUGAGUAAUGUAAACAUUGAAAUCAAUGUUAAUAGGUUUAAAAAGUAUUUUACGACAUCUUAAGCUACCUAAAGUAAUUUGCAACUUAUACUUUUCCAUUCUUUGACCAUGCCAAACAGGCCUGGGGGCUUGGAGGUCAAGGCAGCAUCUUUCUACCAGGUGCCAGCCAAUGUUGCUGCACUGGUGGCUAUCAGGAGGUAUGUUAACAUGGCUUUGAGCUAUGCCUAUUCCCUAUUGUCAAGUCCAUGACCUUUGUGCAUUCUCACAGAAAACAUGAUCAAGUGAUUUAACAGAAUAAUUUAAAUGCACAAUCUACAUUUCUAUGGUAAGGCAUAGCUCCAGCGUCCUGUGCACUGCGCUCAUCUGGGUUGCAAUUGCUACUAGUUGCACCUUAAAGCAAAUAUGUAAAUUGUCUCACAGCUGGCUUAAUAGUUCUCAAGCAAAAACUGAACUGAAAUAUUUUCUUAAAGGGAUUAGAUUCCUCAACAGUUAUCAUUAGAGUGUAAACUUAUCUGCAGUUGAGUGUUAUUAUAUUGAAACCGAUGAGUUAAAUGGGAGCUUUGGUUUGGAUCAGGUUAAUAGGUUUUCAGAAUUCCUCCUAAUGGCCAUGUACUGAUGAGACCGUUGUCUCUGGCCAAUAAAGGGGUUAUCCACCCAUUGACUACAAUAGUUGAGCAUUGUGAAUUAUUUUCAGAAUUCUAUUGCAAAUGUGUAAUUAAAAAUAGAUUUUAAUUUAUGUAUUUUAAAGUAGCUUGAAAACCAGUGUUACACUUUCACUGCUGCAAUCUGUUAGAACACAAGUUCUGUUUGUUUUUAUUUUUGGUUGUAUCAGCUUCGGUGACAGUAAGAUUGGUUUAUGUACAAGUCUUUCAAGAGCACUAGUUUUAACAAGUAUGUUUGAUAUAAAUGUCCAUGUCAUAUUGGAAAGGGAACCACAAACAGUUUUUUUAUGGGUUUUUUGCCAUUUCAACGUCUACAGUCUGAAUAUAAUGCAGGAUGGAUGUGAAGUCAUGGACACAGCAGAGCUCGAAUGCGAAGUCUCCUUUGGAAAUGAAGCUGCGCAACAGAAAGUUGGGCAAGAAGUCAGCCAAACGUGACUUAUCACCUUAAAUGACUGCAGUCUUUACAAAGGUGGACUUUUGAUGAGAAGAGUGGUAUGUUUUUGCCAGUUGAAUCAAGCUGUUGUCGUUUUGUAUCAUCUCCAUUUUGUAAGCACUAACAGUUUGCUAAUGCAGAUGCUAAAAUGAAAAGCAGAUUAAUAAAAAAAAUGAGUAGAAUUAAUACACUGUCUUAUCAAAAUAGUUUCAAGCUGCCUAUAGGAUGUCUCCACGGUUACCAGUGUUUUUUAGGAAUGUAAAAGAGCCGUCUUUCCUGCAGUUGCGCAUGGCUAAUUGCAGAACAUGGGAUUGUAGAUAAUCUACGUCCUUGCUGAGUGUAAAGAGAGUAUCUGAUUGUAAGGUUUGAGUAGGAAACGGAGUGCAAACUACAGAGCAUGUUAACUCUCAAUUCUGUUGUCUUACCAUUGAAUAUUCUCCUACCACAAGUGUGAUGUGUUUUCAAAAGAAGUGUCACAAACUUUUUUAAUUUUAUUACAAAUCAAUUUUAUUUUGACUGGGCUACCAUAGAUACAAGAUGACAAGUAAUUUGCUUUUAGGGUUCAGAUGACACCAUAAAUCAAAAAGUUGAUCGAUGUAAUCAGAGCCCAGAGACUGAAUUGCAACCUGAUACUCUUGCCACUUGUAAUUUUUUUUUAUUAAUAUACAUAGUCUUAAUAAAAUUAAAUCAAUGCUAAUGAAA